AUGUCCGGUGAAGCCUGGCUCUAUCUGUUGGCGGUGUUGAUUAACGCCGUCAACCUGUUCCUGCAGGUCUUCUUUACUAUCAUGUACAGCGAUCUGGAAUGGUAUGUUCUUGUCUAUAUCCUCCCUAUUGUCUCGCCGGUAUCUGUCGUGUGCGUGGACGGGCUCUUUGACUACAUCAACCCCAUUGAUCUGUGCAACCGCCUCAACGCCUACAUUGUGCCCGAGGCCGCCGUUCACGCCUUCCUGACCUUCCUGUUCAUCAUCAAUGGCUACUGGGUCGCCAUCGUCCUGAACCUGCCUCUGUUGGCGUUCAACGCUAAGAAGAUCUACGAGAACCAGCACCUCCUGGAUGCGACCGAGAUCUUCCGCAAGCUGAACGUGCACAAGAAGGAAUCUUUCAUCAAGCUGGGCUUCCACCUUUUGAUGUUCUUCUUCUAUCUCUACAGCAUGAUCGUCGCCCUGAUCCGCGACGAAUCUCACUGACUUCGUGGCAAGACGGAACACGCACUGCGCAACGGCCGCCCGGGCUGAAGUGUCAUGUAGUGCGAUUGUCUUGACUUCUCCUUUGGCUAGGGAAGAUUGGACGGAGCAUGGUUCUGCGAGUAUCGGUCUCGCUGCUGUAUCCCGACGCAACUUGCGCCUCUCGUCCCGGCUGCUUGACACUGUCGUCGGUGUGCCGGCGCGUGCAGCAGAAGAGACCUUGUAUAUGACGUGACUAUGAAAGCAUAUCAUUGAUGACAGCGAACGCGUGAGGUCUCAAGAUCUUGAUGUUUUUUUAGGUUUGCGGAAGAGAGAUGGGCGAUAGAUGAGGUAAUCCGAUCGCCUGGGAGCAGCACGCCGGAGAGGCUGCUUGAGUUGUUCUUGUUUGCUUAGUGUACUUUCCUUGGGUUUCUGAUGUUGCUAAUUUCCUGUUAAUGUCUUCAAUAAUGGUGCUGUAUAUACCUCAGCGGUGUGACAAUGAGCGCG